UUUCAGUGUUUCCUGUUUUAUUUUGUAGUAGUCAACUCUUUGUGUCAAGUCUAAUUUACUUCCUGAGUUUUCCCUCCUUUGUUGAUUACUCAUCAGUCUCACAUGUGUUUUUGCUGUCUCAUCUGAUGCUUAUUUCCUUGUGUAUAUAUAGUCCCUGUCCUCUCCUCCUACCUUGUUAGUUCAUUGUGCGUGACUUGCCUAUGUCUCUGUCCACGUAUCUUCACAGUGCUCCACUUUUCUCACCUGCUUCUCAAGUGUCUUGAGUUUCUUUUGGAUAAGGAUUUGCUGGUUGGAUCACAAUAAGUAAGUUUUUUUUUUAUUAUUUGCAAACUUUUAUUUUCUUAAGUCUGUACUUUGUGUCCUUUUCUUUUGUUUUAACUCUGUUUUAAGGACAGUAACAGUUCCCAGGAGAGGAAAAAGCUGGAAAAACAAACAAUAAAUAGAUGAAUGGAAUCACAAACUGUAAAUGAUUUGGACAAAUGUCAGCAUCCAAGAGUUAUUUAAUCCAGUAACUAAAUGAAGUUGAAAUGGAAAAGUGUUUGCAAAAAUUAAAAUCACAUAAAAGCAAGUCUGCAAAAGUGAGUUUUGAGAAGCUGCUUUAAAGAUGUUGAAGUUUAAGGUAGGAUGACUGACAGAUAACGCUUCAGGAUCAUUUUCUGGAUGUUUCCUUGACUUUCUGCAGACUGAAUAUUUUUAACGACCAUCAAACAGAAACCUGCACAGCGACUUUUUCAAAACACUGACUGUAAACUGAACCAGCAAGUUAAAAAUGAACUGUAUUCAUCCUGUAUUUUAGUUUUUUAAUUUGAACCAUGUUUUACCUGUUACAAUAAAGGUGGAGGUGGAUCUGUGCUGCAGCCAGUGACUAAGUGGAGCUCUAUUAGUUCUUGCGGUUGACCCUGUUUCCUUCUCCUUUGUCGGUUCAUUCUUCGUGGUUUGUCAAUGUCUUUGUCCACAUAUCUUCACAGUGCUCCAGUUUUCUAGCCUGCUUCUCAAGUUUUUUGAGUUUUGGAAUUUUUUUGGAUUAGAAAUUGUUGUUCGGCCACCAUAAGUAGGUUUUUGUCGUUUGAAUUCUUUAAACUUUUGUAAAUUUUAUUAUUUUUAAGUCUGUAUUUUAGGUCCUUUUUCUUCUGUUAAAACUCUUUUGUGUGACAUUUAAUUGAUUCCAAAGAAAGACGGAAAGUAAUCCCUAAAUAGAUGAUGAACUAAUUUAUAGAUAAAUGUGAUCACAGGCUGUAAAGGAGGGGACCAGAAGAAGAAGUGCAAACAGAUGAUUUGGACAAAAAGUUUUAGCGUUCGCGCAACAGGAUGGCCAGGAUAAACACCCAUCCUGUUGCGUGAAUCACUUGAAGUGAUUCACGCAACAGGAUGGCCAGGCCAGGCUACCAGUUUCCCUCUCCUAUGUUGGUUCAUUCUUCGUGGUUUGUCUUUGUCCACAUAGAUUCACAGUGCUCCAGUUUUCUAACCUGCUUCUCAAGUUUUUUUUAGGGGAAGUUUUUGCUCAAUAAUUAUUGGUUAGAUGGCAAUAAAAGUAUUUUGGAUCUUUUGUUAAUUAGACCUUUUGUUUAGUCUGUACUCUGUGGUGUGACAUUUUGAGGACAAUAACAAUUCACACGAGAGGUAAAAAAAACAAGGAGGAAACCCACAUCGGAAUAAAUAAGUGAGGCACAGUGAGAAACAAAUAAAUAGAUUAAAUGAGAGUGAUCUUUACUGCAGCCAGUCACAAGGUGGAGCUCUAACAGUUCUUGCGGUGGACCCAGUUUUUCUCUCCUUUUGUUAGCUCAUUCUUCGUGGUUUGUCUUUGUCCACGUACAUUCACAGUGCUCCAGUUUUCUGACCUGCUUCUCAAGUUUGUUGGCAUGGGAUUUGUUUUUGCUAAAUAAUUAUUAGUUAGACGGCAAUAAAAGCGUUUUGGAUCUUUUGUUAAUUAGAUCUUUUGUUUAGUCUGUACUCUGUGGUGUGACAUUUUAAAGACUAACAAUUCCCACGAGAGGUAAAAAAACAAGGAAGAAACCUACAUCAGAAUAAAAACAGAAAGAUGAGGCACAGUGAGAAACAAAUAAAUAGAUUAAAUGAGAGUGAUCUAUACCGCAGCCAGUCACUAGGGGGAGCUCUAACAGAUCUGGGUGUUAUUUUUUAUUCAGUGUGUGAGUCACGACAUUAAAUAAAAUUGAAAGUGAUCUGAUUCAGAUAUUGUGACAGUAUCUAAUAAUGAUGAGUGAAAUAAUAAUAAUUUUUAGUGAGUGAGAGCUACCUUUUAAAGGACUUGUGACCCAUAAGGAGGGGGAUCCUUUCAUUGACUGAGAAUUUCUGUACAUUUUCCAGGACAUAAAAAAAUAGCAUUUAUAAAAAAAAAUAUACCUGAAUUUACAUAAGACAUGAUAUACAAAUAAUUACAAAAUUAAUUAGAAAUUCAAGAGGUGAAGUCUCUGAACACCCGAACCUCUGUAUUAAGGUUAGAUUCUUUUAACUAGCUGCAGAUAUUUGACUUACUUGUGUACCUAAACUCUGGGUCACAUCACAUGUUGCUGUUAAUGAUUAUCCUGUUUUUGUCAUUUUUUCUUCAGCUUUUCAGCGGUUAAGUGCCAGCACCACCACCAUGAACAAGUUAAUCCUACUUGCAGGUAAGGCACAUAUAUUUAAAGCAAGAAACUUUUACAUUGAAAUCUAUUUUUAUCAAUUAUUUACUGAUUCAACCUUUUAUUUUGAAGGUCUCUGUGUUACCCUUGGCACUUUAGGUGAGUUCACAGGUUUAGUUCACAAAUACUGAGCAGUCUGCACUUGUUUAACGUCAAGUCUUACUCAGAUGUGUUUGCUUUUUUUGUUUGUUGAUCAGCCUCCUCGACUAGACUGGUGUGUUAUUUCACAAACUGGGCCCAGUACCGACCUGGAGAUGGGAAGUUCAUGCCUCAAGACGUUGACCCUAACCUCUGUACUCACCUGAUCUAUGCCUUUGCCGUCAUUAAUGACGCAAAUGAGCUGGUCACCUAUGAAUGGAAUGAUGAUGUGCUCUAUCAAUCCUUUAACGGACUCAAACAGAGGUCAGUCCUGCGUUUUCUUACACUAACAUCAUGAAAUUAAACAUGAGUAAAAAUCUAUCGGUGUUUCCCUCACAGCAACCCAAACCUGAAGACACUGUUGGCAGUCGGAGGCUGGAACUUCGGAACUCAAAAGUGAGACAUGAAUGAAAAGUAAUCCUCAAGAUUUCCUGUAAUGCAAGAAUAUUCUCACUGUAAUGUUUUAUUUUCUUUAAAUUGAUUUUCCAGAUUCACAACGAUGGUGUCAACACAGGCCAACAGAAACACAUUCAUCCAGUCAACAAUCAAACUGCUGAGGAAAUAUAACUUCGAUGGACUCGAUCUGGACUGGGAGUACCCCGGUUCAAGAGGAAGUCCUCCAGAGGACAAGCAGAGAUUCACACUUCUCUGCAAGGUUAGAUCCAAACCUUAUUGCUGUAAUAGUUUGUUAGACAUGAAGCAUGCCAUUAAAUUCCCAUGAUUCUGUGCUGCACAGGAGCUCCUGGAAGGUUACGAGGCUGAGGCGAGAACAUCAGGGAAGCCGAGAUUAAUGAUCUCUGCGGCCGUGGCUGUUGGGAAAGCAACAAUAGAUGCUGGUUAUGAAAUCGCUGAGAUCGCUAAGUAUGGCUCAUUAUUACGCCCAUGAUUGUUCUCCUCUAUAAGCAUCGGUCAUUAUGUUAAUUUUAGAUGUUAUUUUUCAGGUACCUGGACUUUGUGAAUGUGAUGACGUAUGACUUUCACGGCACCUGGGAGAGAGUGACGGGACAUAACAGCCCCUUAUUUAAGGGAGCACAAGAAUUAGGGGACAACGCUUAUUUAAAUACUGUAAGAUCAGUAUUUAAGCUCCAUUAUAAAUUUAAAGAUGUAUUUUAUCAUCUACUACAGCUUUUUUUUUUUUUUUUUCCGCACAAAUGAGCAAUAAAUACGAAGGCCCUGAAGGUUAACUGCACCAACAUUUCAUCAAACACUGAUCGUAUUUCCUCUAUGAUCAAAAAACUGUUAAAGAAAUACAAAACACACUUCCCAAAUGAUGAUUCACAAAACUCCUGUUAUUUCGAAAACCUGAAAUAUUUAACAAAAUGCAUUGAAAUUGAAUGUAACUGCGAAAAAUGAGAACGGCCAUUGAUUUUUCUUUUCUUUUUUAUGCAUUAUCUCAUGAAAACAACUUAUUAUCUCAUUAUUUUAAUAUAACAAGUUCAUUUUCUUGUGAAAAUGAAUUGAUAAUGUGACAGGUAUCGUUGUUGUCUAAUUUGCACAUGGCCAUUAAAUGUUCCCACGUUGAUAGAGUAGCGUGAUAUAGAGUGUGCUGUCAGCAUUUUCAUUAAAAACCUCUGCUUGCUGUUGGCAAUGGUGGCUGUGGCGUUUCAGAAAUAUCCCACACUGGAGGCGAUUUUUUUUUUUUUUUUUUUUUUUGUAGGAUGGUAAAGGAAGGUCCCGCCCUACAUCGCCUCUGAUUGGCUAGAAUUGCUCAGCUACAAUUGGUUAUUCCUUAUGGCUGUGAAACAUCAACGUCUGUCGGGUUAUGGUUCGGGUUAGGAGAUUCAGAAGUGUGAUAACGUUCUGUUCGAUGUACAGAGCCGACAUCCCGCGCUUGGCUUGAGCAUGUGAUGACGUUUCCAGCUUUUCUAGCCAAUCAGAGGUGAAGGAGGCGGGACUUUUGCCUACCAUCCCACAAAAAAAAGUAUCGCACACUGGAGGGUGUUUUUUUUUAAAGUUACUGUUUUAGGUCAGCAAAAUGAUUCGUCAUCACAAGAAAACUGUCUUUGUUAUGUCUUACAAAAAUAAUUUGUUAUCGAGAAAAAGCGAACUUUGUUAUAUCGACAUAACGAGAAAACAGUGCAUAAAAAAAUGAAAAAUCCACAGCUGUUCUCGUCUGUCGUAUAAAACAUAAAAAGAUAAACAUUAACAUUACACAACACACUCAAGAGGACACAGAAACAGGUUUAACUUCUGCUUUUAUACGUCCCAUACAUGAGCAAUCUUACCUGUGAACUGUUCUUAUAUUGUCUUUUUUUUAACCUUUUACAUCAUUGGUUUUAUUUCUCAAAAUUUUCUGUAUUUUAAAUUGUUUUUUUAUUUUAUUUUAUUUUCUUCUUUUUUCUUUGUAAGUUCUCUUUGAGCACAUGUAAAAAUGCGUUAUAAAUAAAAUUUAUUAUCAUUAAUCUGCCCUACUACUUUCAAACAACACUCAACUGAAGAGAGAGAGGCAGCAUCUAUAACCCUAACUUUUUUUUUAUAUAUAUAUAUUUUUUUUAAUGUUUCAGGACUAUGCCAUGAGGUAUUGGAAGGACAAUGGCACUCCAGCUGAAAAGUUAAACAUGGGCUUUGCUACAUACGGGAGAACAUUUCGGCUUUCCACUUCAUCCAGUCAAGUGGGAGCACCAGCCAGUGGAGCAGCUGCUGCUGGUACUUUCACAAGAGAAGCUGGCUUCUGGUCGUAUUAUGAGGUGAGACAACUGACAGUUUGUAUAUGACUCUUGGUGUUUGUGAAAUAAAUACAUCUUUUGUUGUUGUUUUAAUAAUUGGUUACAGCUAUUUUUAUUUAAUCUUGCUUUCAGAUUUGCACUUUUCUCCAAGGGGCCAGUGUCAACCUGAUUGAGGAUCAGAAAGUUCCGUAUGCUGUCAAAGGAAACGAGUGGGUUGGAUUUGACAACAGAGAUAGCUUCGAGACGAAGGUGGUCAUACGUUUUUAUAAACAUGUUGGUCUUUCUUAUGUGAGAGAUCAGCUGUAUCGUGACAGGUAAAGUUUAAUGUUUGUUAAUAAGAGUUGUAUUGAUGUUUAUCCAGGUCCGUUACCUACAAGACAACAGGUUUGGAGGAGCGUUUGUCUGGAGUCUAGAUUUGGACGACUUUAAAGGGCAGUUCUGUGGACAAGGAAACUAUCCUCUUAUCUCCCAACUCCGCACACAUCUAGCAUCCGGUAAACAGGAAUCGUACAUCACAAUUGCAGCUACCCAUUCAACUUCAUUUUUCUAAUAGCUUUUUUUUUUUUUCAAUUUUAUUUUGGCAGAUCUUCCUCCCCUCCCCACCACAGCAACCAACCUGGAUCUGGUGACUCCAUCUCCCGACAAAGAGGGGAAGCCCACCCCACGUCUCACACCGGACCCCCCAACUCGUCCCAAACCCGCCACCCCUCCCACAUCGGUGGAUAACUUCUGCGCAGACAAGGCUGGUGGGGUUUAUGCCAAACCUGAUGCACCAGGUUCCUUUUACAACUGUGCCAAUGGCAUCACCUAUGUCCAAGAUUGCCCAAGCACUUUGGUCUUUGAUAAGGACUGCAAAUGCUGUAACUGGCCUUAAAAGCCUGCAUAUCAUCUUAAACUGACGAGGGGUAAUAUUUUAUUUUCAAUUUCUUCUUGAAACCCUGUUUUUACCCAAUUUCUGUUUCUUCAAAAACAGACGUAAUUCAUAAAUAAGGAAAAAUCAUCUUUGAGAGUGAAGUGUAAAAAUAUGCUUUAUUUCUACAUCAUAAAAAAAUAAAAAUAAAAGGGGCCAUUGAACAUUA